AUGGCCCAUCUGGAGCACCUGGAGCAACAACUGGCUCUGCCGUACCAGCUACUGGAUCUAAUGGCCCAUCUGGAGGAUCUGGAUCAUCAACUGGCUCUGCCGUACCAGCUACCGGAUCUAAUGGGCCAUCUGGAGGACCGGGAGGAUCAUCUGGCUCUGCCGUACCAAUUACCGGAUCUAAUGCUACUGGAUCUAAUGGCCCAUCUGGAGGACCUGGAGCAUCAACUGGCUCUGCCGUACCAGCUACCGGAUCUAAUGGCCCAUCUGGAGGACCUGGAGCAACAACUGGCUCUGCAGUACCAGCCACUGGAUCUAAUGGCCCAUCUGGAGCACCUGGAGCAACAACUGGCUCUCCCAUACCAGCUACUGGAUCUAAUGCUACUGGAUCUAAUGGCCCAUCUGGAGGAUCUGGAUCAUCAACUGGCUCUGCCGUACCAGCUACCGGAUCUAAUGGGCCAUCUGGAGGACCGGGAGGAUCAUCUGGCUCUGCCGUACCAAUUACCGGAUCUAAUGGCGCAUCUGGAGGACCUGGAGCAUCAUAUGGCUCUGCCGUACCAGCUACUGGAUCUAAUGGCCCAUCUGGAGGACCUGGAUCAUCAUCUGGCUCUGCCGUACCAGCUACUGGAUCUAAUGGCUCAUCUGGAGCACCUGGAGCAACAACUGGCUCUGCCGUAA